AUGGAAAUGGUUGAGUGCUCCCUGGCCGCGAGGCACGUGCCCGGCCGGGUCCCGAGGUCCCCGGCGCCGGUUCUUGGUGUUGGCGCCGGGAGAGCCAGGCUCCGGGUGCGGUCGGAGAGGCGGGAGCAGCCUCCGCCGGUCGUCAGGGCCUCCGCGCCGCCGGAGCGCGACGGUGGGGCGCUGGGGAAGGCGGCUGCGGGGCUCGCUGCCGCUGCCGUGGUGUCGCUGACCGGCUUCGCCGGGGACUUGGCCCCGCCGCCGGCGCUGGCCGAGUCGCUCACGGUCGCCUUCCCCGUCUCCAAGGCCCGAGAGGUGAACCGGGUGCAGAGGACGCUGGUGGAGGCAUGGGGGUUGAUCCGCGAGACCUUCGUCGAUCCCACCUUCAACCACCAAGACUGGGACCAGAAACUUCAGCAGACGAUGGUGGAGAUGUUCCCGCUGAAAUCAGCAGACGCCGCCUACGGCAAGAUCAGUGGGAUGGUGUCCACGCUAGGCGACCCCUUCACAAGGAUCAUCACCCCCAAGGAAUAUCAGAGUUUCAGGAUCGGAAGUGAUGGGAAUUUGCAAGGGGUUGGCAUAUUCAUAAAUAGGGACCCUGCCUCAGGACGCUUGCUUGUUAUGAACCGCAUUGAGGGAGGCCCAGCCGACCGAGCGGGCAUACGUGAAGGCGAUGAGCUAGUUGAGAUCAAUGGGAAUAGUGUUUUGGGGUUGGACGUGGAAGCUGUGGCUCAGAGACUUAGAGGUCGUGCUGGAACGACUGUGGAAGUAAAACUAUUGGAUGGUACUGGAAAUGAAAGGAGUGGUAGGAUAAAGCAAAAAGAGGUCCAGCUAUCUCGUGAGGUUAUCAAUCUUUCACCUCUAUCAACGGCAAUUAUUUCCCAUAGAUCGGGUGAUGGGCAUGAGGGCAAGACUGGGUAUGUUAGGUUAGCUGCAUUUUCUCAGACUGCUGCUGCUGAAAUGGGAAGGGCCAUUAAAAAGAUGGAAGAUCAAGGUGUCCAGUCAUAUAUUUUAGAUCUGCGGAAUAAUCCAGGUGGUUUAGUAACAGCUGGUCUUGACGUGGCUCAAAUUUGGUUAGAUGGAGAUGAAACUCUAGUGAACACCGUUGACCGUGAGGGCAAUGUGCAAGCAAUAAAUAUGGUCCAAGGCCAAUCUUUAACACAUGAUCCUCUUGUGGUGCUUGUCAACGAAGAAAGUGCCAGUGCAAGCGAAAUUUUGGCUGGGGCAUUGCAUGACAAUGGCCGUGCUAUUCUGGUAGGCCACAAAACCUUCGGUAAAGGAAGAAUACAGAGCGUGACAGAGCUGGACGAUGGCUCUGCUCUAUUCAUCACGGUUGCAAAGUAUCUCUCUCCGGCACUGCACGAAAUCGACCAUGUCGGGAUCCAACCGGACAUACAAUGCACCGCUGACGCGCUAUCGUUACCGAGAGCGCCUUCGCUCACCGGGAACAACGAGGCCGCAAGUUUGGAGAUGGACUCGUGCAUUAUGGUGGCGGAGCAGGCGUUGGAGAUUCAGCAAUCGAAGGGUUCCGCUUCGUAG